AUGGCAUCUAUCCUGAAAAAGCCCUUGAAGCUGGCCUUGGUGCAGCUUGCAUCAGGUGCCGACAAGGCUGCCAACCUCACUCACGCCCGGGGCAAGGUCCUCGAGGCUGCAAAGGCGGGCGCAAAGCUCAUUGUCCUUCCUGAAUGCUUCAACUCUCCCUACGGCACCCAAUACUUCCCCAAAUACGCCGAGACCCUUCUCCCUUCGCCCCCAACCAAAGACCAGUCCCCCUCAUUCCACGCCCUGUCUGCCAUUGCUGCAGAGGCCAAGGCAUACCUGGUGGGAGGAAGUAUUCCCGAGCUGGAGCCCGCGACAAACAAAUACUACAAUACCUCGCUGGUUUUUUCGCCGACAGGCUCGCUCAUCGGCACCCACCGCAAAACCCACCUGUUCGAUAUCGACAUCCCCGGCAAGAUCACCUUCAAGGAAAGCGAGGUCCUCUCCCCCGGUAACCAGUUGACCAUUAUCGAUCUUCCGGAAUACGGCAAGAUCGGUGUGUCCAUCUGCUACGAUGUUCGAUUCCCCGAGUCGGCCAUGAUCGCUGCCCGCAAAGGCGCUUUCCUGCUGGUCUACCCCGGUGCCUUCAACUUGACCACCGGCCCCCUGCAUUGGGGCUUGCUGGGUCGUGCCCGCGCUGUGGAUAACCAGGUGUAUGUGGCCCUGUGCAGCCCAGCGCGCGAUGUGGAUGCAUCCUACCAAGCCUAUGGUCACAGUCAGGUCGCCGAUCCCAUGGCCAAUGUCCUCACCGAGGCUGCUGAAAAGGAGGAGAUUGUCUAUGCCGAUUUGGACAACGAGACGAUCGAGAACACGCGGAAAGGAAUUCCGAUCUACACUCAGCGACGGUUCGACUUGUACACUGAUCCAACGACAACCGUCAACCCCAUUCAGUCAAUGUCCACCACCGUCAACACCGGCAAGAAGACCCGCUCGGCCAUCGCCGAUGUGGUGUCGCGCGAGUACACCAUCAACCUGCACAAGAGAAUGCACGGUGUUACCUUCAAGAAGCGCGCUCCCCGUGCUAUCAAGGAGAUCCGUGCCUUCACUGAGCAGGCUAUGGGCACCAAGGACGUCCGCGUCGACCCCCAGCUCAACAAGAAGGUCUGGGAAGCCGGUAUCAAGGGUGUCCCCUUCCGCCUCCGUGUCCGCAUCUCGCGUAAGCGUAACGACGAGGAGGGCGCUAAGGAGAGACUCUACUCUCUCGUCCAGGCCGUCAACGUCAAGGACGCCAAGGGUCUCCACACCGCCGUUGUUGAGGAAUAAAUGGGUUCAUCCAUCCGUUUGAAAAAUUGAAUGGUGGGGGUUUCUCGUCGGGGUCAUCUUAAAAACAAAUUUAAAAAUUUUUCAUGAAAUUUUUUUUCCCUUGCAGUCCAAUAUGGAUUGUCGAUGAAGACUCGCCCAAGAGAGUACACUUGAAGCAAAAAGCCAAAAAGUUCUAAAAUCAAUUAUACCCUGCCCUGGUUCUUUGGGGGAUGGCGUUGCCCGGAUUUUUUCAAGUCUUGUCCUUGUCCACAUCGUGUAGGAAUUCGAGUAGCGAGAAUCUGAACUGAAAGAAUUUGCUUCUACACCAUAUCCAACUACCAUUUUACAUAAAACUUUAUCUCUACCGCCAGCACUCCGCAGUUAACAAAAGAAACUCGUUGAUUGAAAUGGUACUGCAAAAGUGAUAGAAUGAUACUUGUAA